AGAACGAGUUGUCAAGAAUAGUUAUAGUGAUGUUGUGCCGCCUGUUCCAGGAAAAAUCUCUUUAAAUAGCGCCCAUCUUCCAAGGCGAACGCCAAGUCGCCAAGUACACACACAGACACGGUCAAUCCCUCUCUCUCUAUCUCCCUCCCUCCCUCCCUCCUCUUCUCCUAUUAUAUUCGAUUCUUUUGACGAUUCCCAUUUCAAGCCUCGAAGAAGCGCACUGUUUUGUUUUUGUUUUUUGUUUUUUUUCACUAUUGAUUGAUAUUCAACUCCGGGAAGCCACAUGGGUUUCGGAAUAUCACCGACCACUCCGGCCGGGAAAUGGCUGGGGUUCGUCACGGCAGUCUGGGUUCAAGCCAUCUCCGGCAACAACUACACCUUCUCCAACUACUCCGACGCCCUCAAGUCCCUCAUGGCUCUCACCCAACUCCAGCUCAACAACCUCUCUGUCGCCAAAGACGUCGGUAAAGCCUUCGGCCUCCUCGCCGGCCUCGCCUCCGACCGCCUCCCAACCCCCCUCCUCCUCCUCAUCGGCUCCCUCGAAGGCUUCAUCGGCUACGGCGUCCAGUGGCUCGUCGUCAGCCAGAAGAUCAAGCCCUUGCCCUACUGGCAGAUGUGCAUAUUUCUGUGCAUGGGCGGGAACAGCACGACGUGGAUGAACACGGCGGUGCUGGUCACGUGCAUUCGGAACUUCCGGAAGAACAGAGGACCCGUCUCCGGAAUUCUCAAGGGAUACGUCGGAUUAAGCACCGCCAUCUUCACCGACGUCUGCACCGCGCUGUUCUCCGAUGACCCUUCGACUUUCCUCCUGAUGCUCACCAUCGUCCCCUUCGCUGUCUGCCUCACCGCCAUUCUAUUCCUCCGUGAGAUCCCAACUUCUGCCACCGCCCGCGAGGAAAAGCAAGAAGCUCGCUAUUUCGGAAUCUUUAACGUCGUCGCCGUUAUCAUCGCCGUGUAUCUUUUGAUUUUCGACGUCACCGGUGCCCACAACCGCUUCAUCUCGCAGGUUUUCGCCGUCAUCCUUCUCGUCCUCUUAGCUUUGCCAUUGUCGCUCCCCGUCUACCUGGCAGUGCAAAACUUCAUACGCUCCGAUUCGAUAUCGAAUUCGGACGUGGAGCGUCUUGUGACCGAACCGCUAUUGGCUCCGGAACCAUCCGCUGCCGAAACGGAAAAAAAGUCGAAGCCGGCGGCAGAGGAGGAAGGGGCGGCGGCGGCGGAGCAGAGGCGGCCGGUGAUAGGGGAGGAACACACGAUCUGGGAGGCCUUUCGGACGGUGGAUUUCUGGAUCUUGUUCGUCUCGUUCUUGUGCGGGGUGGGGACGGGUCUGGCUGUGAUGAACAACAUGGGGCAAAUGGGUCUGGCUCUCGGGUAUGUGGAUGUAUCCAUAUUCGUGUCGCUAACCAGCAUCUGGGGAUUUUUCGGGCGGAUCCUGUCGGGUUCGGUGUCGGAGCACUUCAUCAAGAAAGCUGGAACCCCGAGGCCUCUGUGGAACGCAGCCUCCCAAAUACUAAUGGCGGUGGGCUACAUUCUGCUGGCCAUGGCUCUGCCGGGCUCGCUCUACAUCGGCUGCAUCGUCGUCGGCAUAUGCUACGGCGUCCGCCUCGCCGUCACUGUUCCCACCGCCUCCGAGCUAUUCGGCCUCAAGUACUACGGCCUCAUCUACAACAUUCUCAUCCUCAACCUGCCCCUCGGCUCCUUUCUCUUCUCCGGCCUUCUCGCUGGCUACCUCUACGACGCCCAGGCUACCCGCACCCCCGGCGGCGGCAACACCUGCGUCGGAGCGCACUGCUACAGGCUGGUCUUCGUGGUGAUGGCCGUCGCCUGCGUUAUCGGGUUCGGUUUGGAUGUGUUACUGGCGAUUAGGACGAGGAGCGUCUAUGCGAAGAUCCAUGCGAGCAAGAAGUCGAAGAAAUCGACGGCGAACCGCGUCGGCCAGUGAAAUGCUCUGCCUAACAAGCUGGGAUUGAUUGGGGGGGGGUUUAACCUAAAUGAAAUCCCGGCGAAAAAUCGUCUGGUUUUGGUCGGAUAAUCUGUUGAUUCAAUUCAGUGUUGCGUUGGUUGUACGUUUGGAUUUUCAUUUAUGCGUCUCGUUAUGUUAGAAGGGCAACAAGCCUGAGGCCCUGAAGGGUAAUGUUUUGGGCUCGGCCCAAAAUGUUUGGAUUGCGGGAUUUAAUUUGGGCCUCUAUUUCCUACGUUAGAACAGGAUGAGAAUAGAGAAAGCACCGGAUCAAACUUAUCCUUGGUCA